AUGGUUCAUGCACGCAGUCAUCAAUCUAUAAAUAACCAAAACUCCUUCCAUUAUGUAGAGAUAUACGUUCAGAUGUCAAUAUCUGCUUCUAACGUACCAUCUCUUUCAUCUGUAACUAAAUAUAUUGAUGAAGAUGAACACGAAAAGACAAAAAUGGCCCUCAUUUUCGACAAAUAUAACCAUCGGCUUGCAACUCUUCCCAAGGAGAGAGGUUGGAUAACCGAAAACCUAUACAUGUACCAAGGCUUUUGGCACCAAUCGAAGCGUAGAAUGUCAUUUGAAACUGUGAUGGCCUUGCAAGACACUUUUAAUGCUUGUCCAACCGAUAUCUACUUGGCGACGCUCCCCAAAUCUGGCACGACGUGGCUCAAGGCGAUCGUUUUCGCUAUCGUGAAUCGAAAUCGGUAUAAAAAUGACUCUUUUCCAACUCACCCUUUACUCAUCUCUAACCCCCAUAACUGUUUACCUUUCGUUGAGACCGAAAUUUUUAGAAACACGCCUACGUACGUGAAUGAUCCACAUUCGCCACGUCUCUUUGCUACCCAUAUACCCUAUACUUCAUUGCCUCGAUCCAUUCUUGAUUCCGGCUGUCGUCUAGUUUAUUUGUGUAGAAACCCUAAAGAUGUCUUGGUUUCGAUGUUUCACUUUGCGAAUAAGUUGAGAGACAAAUCACGUGGUCCGAUGAGAUUCGAAGAGGCGUUUGAGUUGUUCAGUAAAGGUGCCAUGCCGAUCGGACCUUACUGGGAUCACGUAAAAAGCUAUCAUAACGUGAGUCUAAAACACCCCACAAAGAUCUUGUUUCUGAAAUAUGAUGACAUGAAAGUAGAUACCGUGAAUCAUGUGAAGCGACUGUCGACGUUUUUGGGCUACCCGUUCACGGAGGCGGAAAACGACGAUGGUGCGGUGCAGGAAAUUGUGAGAAUGUGCAGUUUUGAAAAUUUAAGGGAGGUUAAUAAGCAUGGAGAUUUACGUGAGGGUAUACCUAAUGAUGCUUUCUUCAGGGAAGGGACAGUUGGAGACUGGACCAACCAUCUUACGAGUGAAAUGAGCGAGAUUCUGGACCAAAUUACGAACGAAAAGUUUCAUGGUUUGGAUAUCUUGUUCUAA